AUGCGGGCCGUGCAGUCCAUGUUCAUACACAACUACUUGAUGAGUCUGCAAGGCAGCGACGCCGCCUUUUACUACAUGAGGGAUGCGGUUUCGAUCGUCCAACUCCUGAGAAUAGACAACCCGGAAAAUGCGGCUCAGAUAUCGCCUCCGGAGCGGUCUCGAAGACAGCGGCUAUACUGGCAAGCAUACAUACACGAGCGUUUUCUAGCCAUCUUGCACUAUCGUCAAGCCAUUCUACCCCCGCUCUACACCUUACCUGAAGACGAUCCUACGCUUUCGAUACAAGUUCACGAAGGCUUUAACCAAACCAUCAAACUCUUUCGGCUGUUGGAUAGGGAGUUUCUCAACAGCUGGCUUGAUUCGCAAGGAGGCAGCGUCACCAGCACCUGGGUCGAGGCCAAAUCGCGCGAGCUCGACGGUGACCCGGAAGCCGAUGCCCGGGAACUGUCCAUGCUGUCCAUGAUGCAACGUGCCGAUCUAUCGAUAACACGCGAAUGGCUGCGCACGUUGGUCUGGCGUUUAGCCAUGAGUCGAACACUACUGUCUUCUCGCUCAUCGGAAGAAUGCCUGUCGCUUCUUUUCCCUGUACGUUUAUCACAGACGCUCCGGCAACAGGUAUCCAGCAUGUCACGCCAAGACAUCGAAGUCCACGGCACCAGCAUCACUCAAAAGCUCUUCGAGAUUACAGACACCAUUGCCGACGUACUGAUCCACGUAUCUGCAGCAACACUCGAUGAAACAGCCCUACGAAUCGACGACUUCCUCUUCAUCCUCGACUUUGUCCUGCGAAUCCCACAUCUGGAUCAGACGCGUCGCGGCAUCUUGCUAGAGAAACUAGAGCGCCUCCAGACCAUGUUUCCUGAGGCACUCAGCAAUGCCAGCUCGCCCAGUUUGCCACUCGAUCUGCGCAGCCCCGGCGACGUGAAUGACCCUUGA